CUCCUCCCUCAGUGACGCCGCUUCCAGUCUCCAGGCAACGUGGGGGCCAAACAACGCGGCCGGGAGGCGGCCGCUGCCUGCCGGGCCCUCUCUUCUGGGACUCUCGAUUUUCGGACGCUGAGCGCCAUGGCCCUGCCUCUGCUGCCGGGCAACAGCUUCAACCGCAACGUGGGAAAGGAGAAGUUUCACAAAUCCCAACAUUGGGGCUUUUGCAACAAUGUUAUGAUGUUAGUGAGUGAUGAAAAGCCUGGAAUAGGUGGAGAACCACUUCUGGGACAAAAGAUAAAGCCGAAAUGUAGCAUAUAUCCUAAAGGAGAUGGAAGUGAUGUACCAUCAUGGGUAGCCUUUGAUAAACAGGUAUUAUCUUUUGAUGCCUAUUUGGAAGAGGAAGUACCUGAUAAAAGCCAAACCAACUACAGAAUAAGAUACUACAAAAUCUACUUCUACCCUGAAGAUGACACAAUACAAGUCAAUGAACCAGAGGUGAAAAAUAGUGGAUUGCUUCAAGGGACUUCUAUCCGGCGUCAUCGGAUUACUCUCCCGCCUCCUGAUGAGGAUCAGUUUUAUACUGUGUAUCAUUUUAAUGUCGGCACAGAGGUUGUCUUCUAUGGUCGGACAUUCAAGAUUUAUGAUUGUGAUGCAUUCACAAGAAACUUUUUGAGGAAAAUAGGGGUCAAAGUGAAUCCCCCAGUACCAUGUCCAGAAGAUCCUUACAUGAAGAUUCGGAGAGAGGUUCUAGAACACGUAGAGCCCUUACGUCCCUACGAAUCCCUCGACACCCUGAAACAGUUCCUCCAGUAUCAUGGCAAGAUUUUGUGUUUCUUCUGCCUGUGGGAUGACUCAGUCUCAAUGUUUGGAGACCGUAGAAAACUCAUCCUGCAUUACUUCUUGUGUGAUGAUACUAUUGAAAUCAAAGAAUUGCUUCCACACAACUCAGGCCAAGAUGCUAUAAAAAUGUUCCUCCGGAGGAGUAAGCUGCCCAAGAAUUGCCCACCUAGAGUCUAUCAACCAGGCCAGAUAACAGAUCGAGCGGUUCUCAAUUUGUAUGGUGACUUUAUAAAGAACCAAGCGGAUGGCUUCCUGAUGGAUAGAUAUAAGCUAGGAGAAGUAGACCAAGAGUUUUACAAAGAUAGUGACCUGUCCCUCGGAGUCACCAUCAAUGUGUGGGGAAGAAAAGUGCUCCUUUGUGACUGUGAUGAAUUUACGAAGUCUUAUUAUAAGUCUAAAUAUGGAAUUGAGAACUUUACCUCAGUUUCAUGCAAGCCUCCUUCUCCUCCACCAAAAAUAGAAAGGAAAUUUCCACCUUACAACGGUUUUGGUUCUGAAGAGGAUUCUCUCCGUACCUGCAUAGGCCUCAAGCCCACACCUCAUCGGAGGAACUUCAAGAAGUUUAUGGAAAAAGACAGCUAUGGCUUCAACAGCAAUAUACUCCGUUUUUUUGCAAAACUAGUCACAGACAAAUGUGUUGACUUGGACAGGAUGUUUGUUAUUUCAUAUUAUCUCAGUGAUGACACCAUUUCAGUGUUUGAACCUAUAGAGAGGAAUUCAGGAAUUACCGGUGGGAUGUUCUUGAAAAGAAGUCGCGUUAAGAAACCUGGACAAGAAGUCUUUAAAAGUGAACUAUCUGAAUAUAUCAAGGCUGAGGACCUGUACAUUGGAGUCACAGUGAAUGUGAAUGGUUACCUAUUUCGUUUGCUCAAUGCUGAUGAGUAUACCUUAAACUACAUGGAGCAGAAUACAGAUAAGUAUCCUUUCAGUAACCUCAAACUUGCCCUACAAAAGCUGAAGCAAGAAGAAGCAAAAUCCAGAGAGCUCAAGCAGGUAUUCAGAGCUGCUGACCGUAAGCACACAAAGAAGGUGGAUUAUAAUACAUUCAGAGACAUAUUGAUGUCUUUUACUGUUGGAAACCUCUCAGAGCAAGAAUUUGUAACCAUUGUACGUCACUACCGUGCACCUGAGGACACCUGUUCAGAUGUGGAUUUCUUAAUCGCACUGGCCCACGAAAAGUUCAAGAAAAAUAUGUUUGAGAAUUUCGACAGUUUCAUUUAUUCCUGUGUGUAUGAAGAUCGAGAAAAAAAAAAUGUAUUACCCACCAAAGACAUUAAAAGGCUGUGCAAAUCCUCCAGAUUACCUCUGAGUGAUGAUCUUCUAGAAUCCUUAUUGUCAAGGUUUGAAGACAGUGAAAAACAAAUAGAUUAUAAGUCAUUUUUCUCUGCCCUGAACUGGAGAAAGAAUCCAGUGCCUGAAUUGCAACCAGCAUCAUACCUUAAAGAGAGAUGUGAAGAUGUCUGGCUUGGCAUGCCAUCACCUAUUCCUGCGAAAUACAUUGACUACUUGACCCUUUUGAAGGACGUGUUUGGCUUAGAGGAGGAAUAACCAUGCCAGUUUUGGUCAAUUCUCUUUGAUUUACUUCUCUCAUUUUGCCACAUUUACUUUAGUAGAUAUAAUUUCAUUAAAAACAAAAAAGAAACAAGGUUUAUAUUAAAUGGAAAUCCACAAAUCAAAAUUAAUCCUAUUUUGUCAUGUUAGUUUUUCAGAACAUCAUGUUAUAUUGCUGCCGUACUGUUACUAUUUAAAAUGCCAUCUUAAAACAUGUUGAAUAUUUUUAUUAUAUGUAUAUUUUAUUAAUACCAAAAAAUCUUCUGAUAAUUUUUCAUCCAACGUAAUUUGAUUCAUUAGUAUAUGAACAGAAAAUAACUUCUGAAGGUUAUACAUGACAAUACAAAAUCAAAUUAUAUCACAGCAAUAAGUUGUGAUUCUAUUAAAUAUUUUUGAAACCUUUUUGACACAUUUAUUACUUAUAUAGUUAAGUUUUGUAGCAACCCACCUCAUCAAAAUAAUUCUUAAACCUCUCUAGAGUAAAUAUGUUUAUUUUUUAAACUUAGUAAAGCUAUGGGAAGAAAAAGAACCUCCCCAAAACACACACACACACACACACACACACACACACACACACACACACACACAGGAAACAUAUGCAGUAUUUAUAUAUGUAAUGCCCUUUUUUCUAUCUAAAGUUAGCUUGUUAGCUUAGGAAUAUAUGCAUGUGUAUAUAAUUAUAGUUUGACCAAAAAUUUAUUAUGUCUAAAAUAUUUACAAAUGUGAAAGCUGAAGAUUUUGAGAUUUUUUUUUUUUUUUGGUUUGUUUUACACACACAUCCCACCCGCCCCACCCUAGAGGUUUAAAUAUUCAGAAACUACAACAUUUUUCCCCUGCAUUUUUCUAGUUCUAUUUUUAUUUUUCUUCAGCAGAACUCUUGUCAUGUAGUAUACAUUUGAUUAAAACCCAUAGCCAUGUA